ACCUGUGAAAGUACCGUUAACGCGAUUAUAAAUAUCUACGUAUAUUGUCACAAUUCGUGAAACCUGACGGUGUGCAGUUGUAACUACUUAACUUGAAAUUUUUUUUAUAAAUAUUUUACAAAUUAUUAAUUUUUUAUAUAUUAGAAAAUAUUAAAGUAAAUUCCACAUAUUACUUUCGUUGAAACAUCGUAAUAAAUAAAACGUGACGAAUGCCUCUACGUAGUUAUGAUCAUAUACGUAAUAGGUUACACAGUUGACUCAUCUUUAGAAAAACAAAUAUCUAACAUUUAAUCAGUGCAUCUAUCAUGUAAUUCAUAAUAAUACUGCCAAACUUAAAGAGCAUUUUGUUUUAGAUGUGUGAAAGGAGAAAAAAUAUUUUUAGGCAUAAGAAUAUCAAUUUUUAACCGAUCAUCGAUUGUUGAUUUACGUUUCGUAUUGUGACUUGUCACAAACAAAAAUGGGUCAAUUUCAUGACAGUACAAUGGGUGAACGUAUAGAAUUCGAUGAAGAAAGUGACAAUGGAUUAGUCCUUGCCGACAAGUAUCUUCCUGGAGAAUUACUAUCAUAUAUUUUCCUUUAUGUUGAUUAUAAAUCUCUGUUAAAUUGUCAAUUAGUUUGUAAACGUUGGCAAAUUUUAAUUCAAAGUUACGUUUGGCGCAAAAGGGCUGCAUUUUCAGUUGGCCGAUCAGUUUUAUUUACUAAAAAUGUACCUUGGCACGUAUAUUAUUUAAUAUGUAAAAAGAAACCUUUUGAAAGGAAUUUGAUAAAAAAUAAUUCUGGAGAACAUGGAAUAAAAAAGCAUUGGAAGAUUUUAGAGGAAGGUGGUGAUCGAUGGACAGUGGAAAAUCCUCCACUGGGUGUUCCACUCUUACCAAGCAAUGAACCUGUAUUUGAAGGAAAGAAAUUUUGUUUUGCUACUUCCUAUAGAAAAUGUAUGAAAGCACAAACGAUUGAUCUGGAAGAAGAAGGUUUCACACCAUAUGUUUUGGAUGAAUUACAACCCCCGAUAGUGGUAAGCGAAUGGUAUAGUUGUAGAUGGGAUUGUCCAGCUUUAUAUGAAUGUGGAGCCACAUUACUGACUCGGAAUUAUGAACCCUUAGAUUCUUUUCGAUUUACUGAUACAAUUGAAGGAGAAAAACAAAAUCAGUGGCAUCAUGUAACACAUGAAUUCACAAACUAUGGAACUGGGCUUAGGAUAAUUUGCUUUUAUCAUGAAGGUGUAGAUCGAUCAUUUUGGGCAGGACACUAUGGAAGUAAAAUGGCUGGUGCUAGUAUACAAGUGAAAAUUCCUGUUGUACUAUGUUCUGAUGAUAAAGAAAGUAAUAUAUCAUAGUACAUGUAUUCAGAAAUUAAAUCAAAAUUUUAUCAAAAAGUUUAUUAAAAAUAUGAAUUAUGCUGCAUUCAUACAGUAAAAAAAUAUUUCUAGGUAUUAACAAAGUUAUAAGUGAACAGUUAUUUAAUUCUAUAUUUGUUUUUGAUUUUUAAUGUUUAAAUAUUGUUCAUUGUCCUAAAUAGUAUGUUUCACCAGAAUUUGAAUAUAUGAUUAUUACAUUUUCAAAAAUACUCAAAUUAUGUCUUAUCUUACAUCAUUAAAAUCAAAGAGAGCUUUUAGAUGUUGUAUUCUGGUGGUACAUUGCACAUUAAAAAUAUAACAAGAUGUAAAUUAUAAGCAUGAGUAAGAUAUUAUACUGUAAGUAAAAAUGCCAUUUUAUAUAAACUUGUAUAUGAGAAAUAUAAAUAAUUUACUAACAUAAUAUUUAAAAAGGAAGUUAUAUGCUAUGAAUGUAUGUUUCCAAAGAAAGAUUUUUUAAAGUAUGUAAAUUAUAUAUGUAUGAUAAAUAAAAUCAAUGAUUUUAUGUGCAAUAUAAACAGAUUUAAUGUAAUGUGUGCAAUGAAUGCAAUUUGAAUGCUAUUUCAAUUAAAUUUUGUGGUGCUGAAUCUUGGUAACAUACAUAUAACUCCUUUGUAUGAGGAGUUGUAUAGAGACGUCCAACAACCCAAUAAGAAACGUUAUCCCAUUCAAAUAGCACGCCGUGUUCUUUAACAGCAAUUAAGCUCUUAUUAAUUACGGUUUUAUCCAUAUCUGAAUUUAACAUUUUUUUAAA